AUGAGAAUCAGCAAAGAGAUCGACAUUUAUCACAACAAAGAUGUGGUCUCGACGCGAAAAGGACGUAGCAAAAAAGAGAAGACGAUAUAUACUUGCAGUGGUUGCAAAUACGAAAGCCCUCGACAAUACAACGUGCAAAGGCACAACGAAAGGAUUCAUUUGAGGCAAAAAUUAAACAUCUGUUGCGGCGAGACUUUCUUCACCAAGGGGGACUAUUACGUCCACUGCGAGCUGUGCCAUCCAGAGUCACGUACCCACGCGAUCACGUCGAGGACAAAGUACAAAAUCGUGAACAACGAGGUGUUGCCGGCCGGCGAUCAACGCUGCACGAAAUGGCCGAGGCGAAUAAUGGGGAAAUCGUACAACAUGAGGCUGAGAUCGUCGAACAGUAAGAACGAUCGCGUGGAAGAGUUGAGAACGAAAGUAGUAAGCUACGAGUAUUCGGUGAGAGAGUUCGACAUAGAGAACAUACCGUUGAUAAGUUUCAUCCACGAUCCACGAUUGAAGUCCCGAUGGUUGGGCCAAUUUGGAUCCACCGCCUCGAGCGCGAUCGGCAAAGCGAGGCCGAGCGAGGAGAGGGCGGUGAAGAUCGAGAUCUCGUCCGAGCAAAACGUCGAGAAGACGGUGUCCACGAACGGGGAGGAGAAACGGACCAAAGUUUCCGACUCCACCGUCUCGUCAUUCUCGCUCGAGUUGCCCGCCAAGAAGCUUAUUUUGCACCGGUUCAGGUCGAGCGUCCGCGAGUUCGAGAUCCCUUUGCGGGAGCAGAACGGCGUUAAUAAUAAUAAUAAUAAUAGUAAUAAUAAUAAUAUUGGUCGAAGGGAGUCGAUGGAGAGAACGGUUAAAAGUGUUAUCCCCUCUGCUGCGCGGCAGAGAAGAAGGGAGAGGAGGAGAUGCAAACUUGGGGGUAGCGAUAAGGAGAAUUUGUCGAAUUUCUCGUUCAGCGUGGAGCAACAGUUAAAUAUUAAGCUGGAUACGGGGAUCACCGUGCCAAUGGCCACUCAAGCGCACAGAGAUUUCCUGGCAGCUAUCGAUUUCGACAAAUUUAAAAUAUUUUGAAGUUUUUCGAGGGGAGGGAGGAGUCUGAGAAGAGGAUA